UAAAGUCGUUCAGUGUAGUUUGCUUUCACGAAAUCAUCCGUCGCCAAUCCGACAGCUCCUUCAAGUACCCAUACGGUGUCGUUCUGCGCGUCUCACGCGCCACCACAGUUCGCCGGAAUUCUCCAUCCCCGUUCAAAUUGCAGUCCGGACUUCAUUUUGACUCGGUUCUGGCAGAUAUGGAGGUCAGGAAAUUUUUUAUCGUGGGAGUUUUUCUAUCGCUGUUUGCCGUUUCAUCUUGCAGAGAAAUGAAGGUGAAAGUGAUUCACAGCAACCCUGCAGAUCAUAAUCAAUUGGCAUCAUACAAUGGUACGCUUGCGAGGAUUUUGGUGCAGUAUGCUUCUGCUGUAAAUUUGUCUGAUUUGAACAAGUUGUUUACUUGGACUUGCUCAAGAUGCAAUGGUUUGAUUGAGGACUUUGAAAUCAUCGAGCUGAUUGUUGAUGUGAAGCACUGCCUACAGGCAUUUGUUGGCUUUGCUGCAGAUCUUAAUGCCACCGUGAUUGCGUUCAGAGGAACUAAUGAAAAAAGUAUAGAGAAUUGGGUGGAAGAUUUGUUUUGGAAGCAACUUGAAAUUGAUUACCCUGGAGUUGAUGAUGCGAAGGUGCAUCAUGGAUUCUAUUCGGCUUACUACGAAACAUCUUUACGACCUGGAAUUCUGGACGCCGUUCAGAAAGUAAAGGAGAUGUAUGGAGACAUUAGGAUUAUUGUCACUGGGCAUUCGAUGGGAGGGGCCAUGGCUGCUCUUUGUGCGCUUGAUCUUCGUCUGACACGAAGAGAGGAGAACAUUCAGGUUAUGACAUUCGGGCAACCGAGGAUUGGCAAUGCUGCUUUCGCAUCCUAUUACAGCAAAAUUGUGCCCAACACCAUUCGUGUCACACAUGGACAUGACAUCGUGCCUCAUUUGCCCCCAUAUUAUUCUUAUUUUCCUCAAAAAACAUACCGUCACUUUCCAAGAGAGGUAUGGCUUCACUAUGUAGGCUUUGGAAUUUUGAGUUAUGCGGUUGAAACAGUUUGUGAUGGUUCGGGUGAAGAUCCAACAUGCAGCCGGUCAGUGCCGGGAAACAGCAUAUCCGAUCACCUGGUUUAUUACGGCGUUCAGAUGAAAUGUGACGACGAAGAAAUGACCGUGUGCAAAAUCUUGUUGGAUCCUAGUAUUGCUCCUUAUGGCAAGAUCGAUUCGGAUGGAAACCUCCUCUUGUCUAGGAAUUUCUCGACCCCUGUCGUGAAACUCAACAUGUUACAGGGCGACUUCACAAGCUCGAGGUAACAAUUUAUGCCCAUGAGCAGGUUAGCUAAAUUCGACUUUUUUUUUUUUAUACUAUAUAUAUAUUUUUCCUUGUCCUAAAUUCUUCUUCUUGUUGCGGGUUUGUGCGAGUGAUAGUAUUGAUUUAUGUAAAUGUGAAUAUAUAUCUCACAUUAUGUAUAUAGUUGAGUUUAGAGGGUGAUUCUAUUCGGGCUGGAUUGAGAGUGGGAAUUUUAAUUUUUUAUUAAAAUAAUAUUUAAUA